AUGAGCGAUAGAAAGUACCAGGCCAAUGCAGAACGUAACAAGCUGGGCAGCAAUAACCCUCUGCUUGGGACAGUGUUUAAUUUUUAUUUUUUGCAGGUGUCAGAUAUUCAUAUCAGUAGAUUUCAGGAUCCCAAACGAACUUCUGACUUUGAAAAAUUCUGUUCUGAAACAAUUGAUAUAAUUCAGCCAGUACUUGUUCUAGCAACAGGUGACCUGACAGAUGCUAAGACAAGAGAUAUACUGGGAUCUGGACAGAUAGAAGUGGAAUGGAAAACUUACCAGUCAAUCCUGAAGAGAUCAAGGGUCAUGGAAAAAACCAAGUGGAUAGACAUCAAAGGAAAUCAUGAUUCAUUCAACAUUCCACACCUGGAUAGUGUUCAGAAUUAUUACAGGAAAUACUCUUCUUGGCAUAAAGAUGGCUCUUUCCAUUACAUUCACACCACCUCUUUUGGGAACUAUUCAUUCAUCUGUGUGGAUGCCACACUCAACCCAGGCCCUAAGAGACCCUUCAAUUUCUUUGGGAUUUUAAACACGAAUCAUAUGGAAGAGCUGUCUUUGAUGGCAACAGAAAGUCUGCACAGCAAUCAUACUAUCUGGUUUGGCCAUUUUCCCACCUCAACAAUCAUCUCCCCAGCCCCAGGAAUACGAACAUUAAUGAGUUCUGCCACAGCCUAUUUAUGUGGCCAUCUCCAUACAUUGGGUGGGCUGAUGCCAGCCUUGCACAGUCAACACCGUGGUGGCACUCUGGAACUUGAACUGGGAGACUGGAAGGAUAAUAGGAAGUACCGGAUCCUUGCAUUUGAUCAUGACCUCCUGAGCUUUGCAGACCUUAACUUUGAAGAAUGGCCUGUAGUUCUCAUUACCAAUCCCAAAUCCUUCCUUUACAGCAGUUCUGCUCAUGAGCCACUAGUGAAAAUUCUUUAUUCCACUCAUAUCAGAAUUCUGGCCUUCUCUCCUUCUGUCAUUACCUCUGUCAAAGUCUAUAUAGACACAGUUCACUUGGGGAAUGCACAUCAGGUGUCUGGCCCGCUCUAUGUACUGAGGUGGAGCCCGCAAAACUACAGUCAAGGGUUCCAUCACAUAGAUGUGACUGUCCAGGAUACUUCAGGAAGAACCAGUACGCAAAGUCACGUAUUUGCUUUGGAUGAAAACUUGUCUCUUAGAUUUAGCUUUUGGCCAUCUGUUAUUCUUCUUACUGACCACUAUGUUCUAGCUCGUGUGCUCUUUGGACUGAUUGUGCUGAUUCAGAUUGCCUUGCUCAUUAUUUUCAGAUACCUCCAAAAACCAGCACUCAAAGAAAAGCCAGGAUUACUUACUCUGACCUCAUAUUCCCUUCAUGUCUUCAGUAAAAUAAACACCUUCUAUUACUCAAUUCUGGUUCUGAAUUUAUACACCAUUUUGGGACCAUGGUUUAUAGGUGAACUGAUAGAUGGCCACGUGGGGGCCUGUUUUUCCUUUGGAGUGUUUGUUGGUGGUUCCUUCUUACACGGGGGUCUGACAUUUGUGGUUGGAAUUUUACAGAUGUUGUUUUUCAACCUGCCAUUAAUGGCUUAUCUGUGCUGGUGCCUGUUGCAGCGAUGCCACGGUCACAGCUUCUGCUCUCACCUCCAUCGCGUUGGACGCCUCACGGCUGUGCUUGUCCACCUGGCAAUGGCCCUCCUCCUGGCCUGGCAGGUCUAUUCCUGCUAUUUCCUGCAGCGAACCUAUGGGACUUUGGCUUUCUUCCUCUCCCCAAUGAGAAUGUGGUUGGUGGUGCUGACCUCAGCUCUGAUUUAUAAAACCUGGACGCUGAAAUCAUCUGAGCUUAGAUCUUACAUAGUAGAAAUGAAAAACUGUCAGAACUCAUGA